AGAAUCGAAAGAGCGAACAAGGAGUAUAACAAGGUGGAGGAGAAGCUGGAAAGGUUCGAGGAGGGAGACAAGGCGAGAAGGUUUGACGCGUUGCAGAGAGGAUCACUAGAAGCUUUCAAAGGCGAGAGGGCUGAGCUGGAAGGCGAGCGAAAGGAACUGAAGGAGAGAAGAGACCGGUGGGAAGCACAGGUGCAGAAGCUGCAAAAUGCGCUAGCAAGCACUUAUACAGAGAGCGCAACAUCCGGAAGUCCUCUUUUCAGGCUUCUUUCCCGGCCCGACGUGCUUGCCAGUUCUGUAACCGCUGACGAUGUGUUUGAUUGUUAUCUGCAAGAAAUGCCAAACGAUACGUACGCCAAAAUAUACGAUUAUAUAAGGAAGGAUGUUACGGAUAUUCUGAAGUCUGACUCCAUUAACGAGAGUGCAAAGUGUUUUUUGAGAAAAAUUAAUGAUAAUUGGAAAGUAAGUAACUCGGUUGAAUUCAUCUGUCAGAAUUUGAUAUCUCCGAGGGAUAGCACUUCUCACGUUCGAGGGGUGUAA